CUUGAGCAAACUGCUGCAUUUGUUAUAAAUAGGAACUGUUGCUCAACUCAAGUUUUUCUUAUAUAAAUAACUCAUCUUGCAUCUCUUUCUUACCUUUUUCUUCUUCUUUCAAAAACUGAGAAUGCAAACAGCUCAUUCGGGCAACCAUACUUCAUACUCAAAUAAUCAAGGAAAACUCAUGUCAAUAUCCUCUAUCAUCGCAUCAAGUUCAAACCCUUACUACAAGGAUGAAAAGAGGAUCUCUCUUCCUGGUCAUCCUUACAAUCACCCUCACCAUUUCCCUCUCUUUCGUUCCCCACCUGCUUCCCCAGAGCCUUCGUCUCCAUCUUCUCUGUCCUCUUCACCAAGACACUCUAUGUGUUCUAUGCAGCAAAAAUCUACAGAUGAUGAAGAAGAUCGCGAAGCUUCUAGUGUUCCACUGACUUUGGAAGAACGUCGACUGAGGAACAAGGCUGCCUCUGCAAAAUAUCGCCAAAAGAAAAGCCAGCAACAUAGUGAGAUGAAAUACAUGAUAAGUAAAUUAUCCGAACAAAACGCUGUGCUCGAGCGACAGCUGCAAGAGCUGCGACUGGAGAACGAACGACUGAAGGCAACAUCGGAUAGGCUUAGGGGUAAGAUGGUGGCAAGAAAAAUGCUAAAAAAAUGGAUUGGAAAGCAAGCAUCUGCAUCAGAUAACAUGGUAUGCUCUUAUAAUCAACAACAGCAACAUUAUCAACAGUACGGUGAUCGACUGUCCUACCUCUGUCAUCUUCCUAGCAAUAGUCCACUCACUACUGAACUCAGUUCAAACAUGAUUGAUAUCUCAAACAGCGAGCAGGAAGAUGAUGUUGAUGAUGUUGACCUUAGCUCUGAUUAACCCUUUCAAUGGUAAACACUGUGCAAAGCCUUUAUAUAGAUUUUUCUUUUGUUUCAAUACCUGUCUUUCUUUACAACUUUCUUUUAUGUGUACAUUAUGUUUCUUUUUUUUUUUCCUUCUUAUGUGAUAUAUAAAAACAUAUUUCUUUUAAAAUAAAGCAUAUCAUUUCUUCUUUAUUUCUACUGCAUUACAAAAGGCG